CGCCUCUGAGGGGCCGCUGAGGCAAGCAAAUCUGUAAGCCAGUGUCCUUUUCACUGUGCCCUGAGGAGAAUCCAUUGACUGUGACCAGCUGAUGCUUAGCCACGGGGGCUUGUGCAACACCAGGUGUCCUGUGAGUCUCAUCAGUGAUUAGAUCAGCAGACAGAAAGGAGGAACCCAGGUGGAAGUCAGGAGCUGACUUUGCAAGAAUGAGAUGCCUCACCCAGACACUGCUCAGGAGGUUCUUGGGUCUUUUGCCUCAGUGUGUGCCAGUGGGACUGAGUCAAAGCCCUGUCCGUGGCCCCAAGCAGUCAUCUCUGAGGCAGAGCUGCAGCGCAAGACCCGGGCUGGUGACUGCCAUUGAAGCAGCCGGCUACUGGCAAAAGGUGUUUGAGACAAAUGGGAUCCCUGAGGCACGAGACUCCAGUGAAUACAUCGUGUCAUUUGUCCUGGGAGCAAAAACAUUUCAGAGCUUGAACUCCGAAAAACUCCGUACUCCGCUUACAGCAGUGCAGCAGGUGCAGAUCCAGCAGCUGUGUCACAGGCGACUAGAAAGAAUGCCAGUGCAGUAUGUGCUUGGUGAGUGGGACUUCCAGGACCUGACUCUGAAGAUGAGACCCCCAGUAUUUAUUCCUCGGCCUGAGACAGAGGAGCUCAUCUCCUUAGUUCUGGAGGAAGAAUCUCGGAAACAUGAGGAGAAGAAUUCAGGCCUCUGCUUCUCAGUUGCUGUCCCACAUCCUGUUAUCCUGGAGAUCGGCUGUGGCUCUGGAGCAAUUGCUCUGAGUCUCCUGUGCAAACUGCCUCAGAGCCGGGUGAUAGCUGUGGAUAAAGAGGAGGCUGCUGUGGAUCUCACCAAGGAGAAUGUGCAUAGGCUGCAGCUCCAGGACAGGAUCCACAUCCUCCACCACGAUGUUUCAUACAGUUCUGCCAAACAGCUGCUACUCUGGGGCCCCAUGGACUUCAUAGUCAGUAACCCCCCAUAUGUUUUCCAUGAAGACAUGGCUUCCCUGGAUGCAGAGAUCCUCUGCUAUGAGGACCUUGGUGCACUGGAUGGAGGAGCUGAUGGGAUGAGAGUUAUCAAAACAAUUCUGGCUCUGGCUCCUUCUCUUCUGAAGGAUUCUGGAAGCGUGUUUCUGGAAGUUGAUCCCAGACACCCAGAUAUGGUGGAGAACUGGCUACAGGCACACCCAGACUUACUACUCACCCUUCGUGCUGUUCACAAGGACUUAUGUGGCAAGCCUAGGUUCCUGCACAUCCAAAAACAAAGCAGAUGACAACAGUGCUGGAAAUGACAUUCCUCGCAGUGUGCUUUUUGCUGAUGAGCCCUGCUGAAUGGCUUGUUGAAAACUGCAUGGCAAAAGGAAUCUUCACUUCAUUUUCCAGUGCAUUGAUCUCUCCAUGCAGUGACAGACCCUUCAUUUCCUAAUACAGACUUCAUCUUGCACUUCAGAGGUUCAACAGAGCAUUUAAAAGUGUUUCAUCUUCUUCAGGGAUCUACAUGUGACUCUUCAAUUUACUCUGCUUUAAUGACUUGCUAAUCUCAGGACUAACAUGGAGGAGUUGACAGCUCCAGAUAUUUCGUUGCAAAUUUCAAAGAAAUACAUUAAAAAUACAGUUUCUCAACAUGUCAGAUCACCCACUUAACCUUCAAGGGUUUUUUUUCCUUAUUUAACCUUGGGGUAAACUUUGAAAGAAUAUGACCAGAUUGGUU